UCCUCCUUCCCAGUUCCCACAUUACUAAUCUUCUUCCCAAAAAAUCUUUCCAUUAAUUGCGUUGUUGAAAUGAUUAAUGAAUAAUGAAAUAACAAUGUGCAAUUGAAAGACGUUCUUUGAGUACUCGACUUAAACCCUUCACAAUUUGUCUUCGAUAUUUUCGUUUAUGUUCAAAUCUAUCAUUUUAUCAGUAGUUCGGUACCAGUAGAUGAUCCUAGUGCUAGUUCCCAACACGAUCAUUUUUCUAGCAGUCUAGCUUGAAGUUGAAUCAUGGAAAGAAGAGGCAACGGCGAUACUUUUGCUGAAAUUUAUGCUGAAUUUUAUAGACCCCUGGAGAGUGAAAAGAUUGAAGGUUUGGUUAGAAUUCUGUGCAACAGAACUGACGAAACGAACAUCAGUGUUUGUUUAGAACGAGCCAAAACCAAAGGUUGGGACCUUAACUGCAACGAAGUGUAUCCAAAUUUAUUCAUUUCAGACGCAGAAGCAGCUAAAAACAUCGAGUAUCUGAAAGAAAUUGGCGUAACUCACGUUUUGAAUACUGCUGAAGGUGAUCGAUUUGGAAUGGUUAACACGAAUGCUGAUUAUUAUAAAGGUUCUGGAAUUAAAUAUCUUGGUCUGCCACUGAAAGAUUUACCCACUGAAUCAAUAUCUAAAUAUUUUCAUCAAGCUGCUGAUUUUAUUGAUGAAGGACUUGCAUCAGGAGGCAAAGUCGUAGUUCAUUGUGUGAUGGGAAUAUCCAGAUCCAGUUCCUGCACCAUCGCCUACUUGAUGAUCAAAAAACGCAUGACUGUGCAAGAAGCAAUUCAGCAAGUUAAAAACCAUAGAGAAAUCAGACCCAACAAUGGAUUUCUGAUGCAACUUGCUGAAUUGGAUAAAAUGUUAAAGUUGAAGUCUAAAUCAUAAACUUAUAUUAUUUUUAAAAAAUUAUCAAUGAGUAAAGAAUGAUUUGUUAUAAGUUUUUAAAAUUAAAUCAUUGAUUAAGGAUUUCGAUAACAUUAUCACUUAUCUAGCUUCAAAAUUGUAUUUUGGGAUAUAACGAGCAACAUUUAUUUAUUUUAUUUAUUUCUACAGUGUUAGUAAUUUUAUUGCAUAAGCUCUUCCCAUAUUUCUGAGAAAAUUGGUCGAUGGUCUUUCAAUCAUUCUACGCUAUAAUGAAUGGUACCUAUUAGUUAAUCUUACUUAUUCUGAAAUUUAAUAGCUUCUUGUUCACCUAUUGUAUAAAGCGAUUUUUCUAAAAUUAAUUCAUUCUUUGAGCGAAUUUAAUUCAAUUCCUAUUAUUUUUUAAUAAUUUUGUUUAGUAGGUAAAUUUUGCUGUGAUAAUAUCUCUUAAUUAUUGAUUGUUACCACUUAGUUCACGUAUUUAUUAAGGAUAGGUAUAUUGUUCUAAUCAUAAAAUAAUACAAGACCAAUGGAAGCAUUCUGACAUUUCGUUCGCGUAACAUUGUGAUAUUCAUAAUUUUCCUGUCGCAAUGAUGAAUUCAUUGCGAGUAAUUAACACCAUUGUGUGAUGAGGUGCAGCAUUUAGUAUUUACCUACCUUUUAAUUUCAUUGAUAUCUUAUUUAUAUAUUUUCAAAAUCGCGAGUUUUUAUUAUUUUAAGUCGGGGUUAGAUAAACAAAAAAUACGAGUUUUAUUUUUAUAAAUUAAGAGAAACAUACAUAUUGUGUAUUUCAUAUCAAUCACAUCUAAUAAUGGUGUUUCGUGACGGAUGUUUUUAAAUACUCUGUUAUGUUAUUUUUCACGAUAGAUGAGAACAUCAUUUUAUUACAACUUGUAUUUUAUUUUGGUAUUUUUUUAAAUUAAAUAUCUGCGCUUGUUUUACUUAUUUAAAUAUAAUGUUUGCAAAUUA